AUGGCGUCCACCAUGUCCAUCCCUAGGCAGAUGGAUAUGGGAGAUAGGAGCGUGUACCUGCGCUCCGUGCUCCAUCACGACGCCUAUCUCCCCGCACACCUAUCUCCCCGUGCGCCGCCGCCAGCCACCUGCGCCUCCCCCGAUCUCCCCCGCUGCCGGCAGCCCCCUCCCGGCGCCCCCGCCCCCGCGCCACCACCAGCCCCCUCCCCGGCAGCCCCCGACGCCCCUUCCCCGGCAGCCCCGCCUCGCGCGACCCUCCUCCCGAGCCCGUCCCCGCUGCCACCCUCCUCCGGAGCUCCUCCCGAGCCAGAGCUCCACCCCGCCGGCCACCUCGUCCCCCCUCCCGAGCCCGAGCUCCACCCCGCCGGUCACCCAAGCCCGAGCUCGCCCCACAUCGGCGCUGCGCCCCCUGCCUCCUCACUGUUGACACGGCAACAGUGGUACAAUCAAAAGCAUACCUUCAUCGGGCACUUCAAGGCUGAGCAGGGCACGAGGGUCAAGAAAGCUGACAAUAUCAGGGAUGAUACUCAGCUGACUAGGGAUGAUUACAUGAAGGUUAUGCCCCUAUGGUGCGAAAAUAAGGAAGACGCAUUUGAGGCGUUGGUAGCGAGGUGGGUUAGCGAAGACGCCGACUUCAACGCCAAGAGUGCGCGCAACAAGGCAAACCGUGGCACCGGAGGAACACACAGUGCAGGAAGCCGCAUCACUGAGCGCUACAGGAAGCACAAGGAGGCGGAACUCGGGGAGCCUCUCACCGAGGUGGGAGGGUGGCAGAAGAUGAAGCUGAAGCAGCCCGAUCUGAGUCAGCCUCAGCCCUCGCUGCCCGAGUACUUCGGCUAUGCCGAAGAGGAGUUGGCGAACUACUGCUAA